GAGAUGUCCCCACCCCAUGGGAUGUCCCCAGGCCAAGGGAUGUCCCCACACCAAGGGGUGACCUGACACCAGGAGAUGUCCCCACACCAAGGGAUGUCCCCACCCCAAGAUAUGUCCCCAUGCCAAGAUAUGUCCCCACCCCAAGGGAUGUCUUCACACCAAGGGAUGUCCUCACCCCAAGGCAUGUCCCCACACUGA